AUGGAUGAUAAGAAAUCAAAUGACGAUCUUUUAGGAGAAUACAAUUCUACAUCAGUGAGAGAGUGUGCAGCGCUCUGUCAAAGGGAGUGUAGUUUCUAUGGAUUUAAUCCUCAGAUGAAGAAAUGUCGUGCCCACAAGAAAAUUUUCACGUCGUCGAUGUCUCAUGAGGGGGGCUGGAAAUAUUAUUCCCAUGACUUUAUUCCCAUAGAUUGUAAGGAUCUUUAUAAAGAUGGUCACACUAAUUCAGGAGUGUAUGAAAUUUAUCCCUAUGGAACCAUUACCAGUCCUGUGAGAGUUUACUGUGAUAUGGUAACAAUGGGCGGAGGAUGGACAGCAAUCCAAAAACGCGUAAACGGAUCUCUGAGUUUUGACAGGAGUUGGACAGAUUAUAAAAAUGGUUUCGGUUCACCUGAACAGGAUGUCUGGGUUGGAAAUGACGUAAUACAUCAGUUAACAAAAGAAAAGAACCCAUUCCUUUAUGUGUCCAUCACUGUACAGAAUGGUACAACGCUGUAUGAAAUGUACGAUCGAUUCUCUGUUUCCAAUGAAACAGAGAAAUAUCAACUCUUUCUAGCAGGACCUGCCACGGGAACCUUAGGUGACAGUAUGUUAAACACGGUGAGUUCUGUCGGUGAUCUGUCAGGGAUGUCAUUCAGCACACCAGAGAGAGAUAAUGACGGGAGUAGUGGUAACUGUGCUGCUGUCAGUAUCGUGAGAGGAGGCUGGUGGUUUAACUUCUGUUACUUCGCCUUCCUUAACGGUCAAUGGUCCCCGGCAGAAUGGUGGAGACCUUGGCAUCCUACAGUAGAGUGGGGGACAAAUGUGAGGCAGACCAUAAUGUUAAUAAGACGUCACUAG